UUAUUAUUAUUUAGCUUCUAGUUAGUAACUAAUACUUAUAUAAGAAAAAUAUAUAAAAUCUGAUGUAUUCCAUACAUUAUACAUUAUAUAUUCUGUAUAUAUACAUAUUUACUGUACAUGCAUGACUUUUUUUUUUAUUUUACAGUGAGCACUACUACACUACAGUUAUACAGUAUUAAUUGGAGUUUAAAAUUGGUUUUAAAAGACGAUUUUAAUGGCUGAAAAUAUCAAUUCAACUCAAACUCUUACAACUGUUACAGAAUUCUUUCUAACUGGAUUUCCAGGAGUUUCUCCAGAGUUUUAUCCAGCUGUUGGACUUCUUCUUCUCCUCGUUUAUCUUAUACUUGCAGGAGGAAAUCUUUUCACCAUUGCAUUUGUUUUCUAUGAAAAAAACCUCCAAAAACCUGCGUAUUUAAUCUUCUGUAAUCUCGCCGCCGUGGAUUUCGCUUUUGGAACUGCGACCAUGCCUAAAAUUAUUUCUAAAUAUCUGUUUAAGGAUGAAACCCUGUCAUUUUAUGCCUGUUUUAUACAAAUGUUUUUAAUCCAUUAUUUAGGAACUGUCACUUCCUUCCUUCUGCUUGUAAUGGCUAUCGAUCGAUUUAUUGCUAUCUGUAACCCCCUCAGAUAUCCUACAAUUGUUACGAACCAAUCAGCUGCAGUUAUUUGUGUGAUAUCUUGGAUAAUCCCAAUUUGUUGGAUGAUGGUGAUAAUCCUCCAGUCCAUUGCUUUAUCCUACUGCAACUCCAACAUCAUCCAGCACUGCUACUGUGAUCACAACUCAAUUAACAGACUGGCCUGUGGUGAUGCAGGAGGUGCACGCAUGUUCGCUUUUAUUGCAGCGAUGAUCGUGCUUUUAGGACCCCUCGCGUUUAUUAUAUUCUCCUACGUUUCCAUCAUUAUAGCCGUCUUUAAAAUCUCCAACGCUCAAGGAAAGUACAAAACCUUCUCCACAUGCAGUCCUCAGCUCCUCAUCAUCUGUCUUUACUAUCUCCCGAGAUGUGCCGUCUAUGUGCUGGAUGUUACAGUGCAAAUGAAAAUCGACGCUCGCAUCAUGAUCGUUAUUUGGUACAGCCUCUUUCCUCCGCUGGUGAAUCCCAUAAUAUUCUGCUUCAGAACUAAAGAAAUCCGAGAAGCUUUGAUAAAGAAAUUAAGAAAAAGAAGGAUUAAAAAUCUUUCAGGUUAAAAUAAAUGAAAUUUUGUGUAUAUCUCCAUAUACAGUAGUAAUAUAGUGUUUAUACAUUGAAUUUUCACUUUAUUAUAUAAAAAGAGUAUAGGUUUGUUGGCAUGCAAAACCAUUGUAUAUCAAUUUUAGACAUCUUGCACUUUUUUAUGUAAUUUGAUUUUUUUUUUUUUUACAUUAUAUACACUAUAUACAACCAAUUAAAAUGCUCCAAAUCUUUACUUAAAGUAUCCAUCCUUCUCAUGUACAAUACAAGAUGAGAGAUGAAAGUUUUUUUGUGUAACUUUGUGUAGCGAUACAAUUCUUUAUAAAAAAAAUAAAUAUUAUGUAUAUGUGAUUAAAUAUGAUCAUUUUACAGUAAUUGUUCCAAUAAUUCUGUAAAAUUCAGUAAAAAAAAUACAUUUAUUUAAUCAAAUGUAGGUUCUAUAUCUUUAUCUGACCAGAUAUAAGAUUUUGUGUGAAUUUUUUUGUAAUUGUCAUUAAAUAGAACUUUGAAUGUUCUUAUUUAUUCUUUGUGCCAUUUUGGUAUCAUAUCAAUCUUUGUUAUUUUAUAAUGAUUUUUAAAAUAAUUAUUUAAUUUAUUUUAUAUACUUGUUUUUUGGUCUUUGCGACUGUACUGUAAAGGAUGCUUUCCAAGUUAAAAAAAAAAAAAGUCAUUUUCACUUAAGUGUAUACUCACUUUUGUACAUUAAUGGCUGUGUGUUGAGUUAUGUUGAGGGCACAAUAAAUUUACACUGUUAUACUGCAGUUGUACACUGACUACUUUACACUCAUUCAUACAACAUUCAUUUUUCAUUAGUAUUGUAAGUUAUUUUACAUUUUAUUCCAGUGUCUUC